GGGGCUGCCUUUUAGCCGGACGCGCGGAGGUGGGCAAUCCGCUCCUUCCCUUGAGCAGUCCACGCCUUGUGGCGGCUUUGCGGAGUUGCUGCUUUGGCGGGAGUUGGCGGCUGGUGUGAGGUUUCUGUGGGGAGAAGGAGAGUGCCAGAGGUGACUGGUUCGUGGUUCUUCUAGGCUCUCAUGGCCACCAUGUUGGAAGGCAGAUGCCAAACUCAGCCAAGGAGCAGCCCCAGUGGCCGAGAGACUAGCCUGUGGUCGUCAGGCUUUGGGAUGAAGCUGGAGGCUGUCACUCCAUUCCUGGGGAAGUAUCGCCCCUUUGUGGGUCGCUGUUGCCAGACCUGCACCCCCAAGAGCUGGGAGUCCCUCUUCCACAGAAGCAUAACGGACCUAGGCUUCUGCAAUGUGAUCCUGGUGAAGGAGGAAAACACAAGGUUUCGGGGCUGGCUGGUUCGGAGGCUCUGCUAUUUCCUGUGGUCCCUGGAGCAGCACAUCCCCCCCUGCCAGGAUGCCCCACAGAAGAUCAUGGAAAGCACCGGGGUGCAGAACCUCCUCUCAGGGAGGGUCCCAGGAGGCACUGGGGAAGGCCAGGUGCCUGACCUUGUGAAGAAGGAGGUACAGCGCAUCCUGGGUCACAUCCAGGCCCCACCCCGUCCCUUCCUGGUCAGGCUGUUCAGCUGGGCGCUGCUGAGGUUCCUGAACUGCCUCUUCCUGAAUGUGCAGCUCCACAAGGGUCAGAUGAAGAUGGUCCAGAAGGCCGCCCAGGCAGGCUUGCCGCUUGUCCUCCUCUCUACUCACAAAACCCUCCUGGAUGGGAUCCUGCUGCCCUUUAUGCUGCUCUCCCAGGGCCUGGGUGUACUCCGUGUGGCCUGGGACUCCCGCGCCUGCUCCCCUGCCCUCAGAGCUCUGCUGAGGAAGCUUGGGGGACUUUUCCUGCCCCCAGAGGCCAACCUCUCCCUGGACAGCUCUGAGGGGCUCCUUGCAAGGGCUGUGGUCCAGGCGGUCAUAGAGCAGCUGCUGGUUAGUGGGCAGCCCCUGCUCAUCUUCCUGGAGGAACCUCCUGGGGCUCUGGGGCCACGGCUGUCAGCCCUGGGCCAGGCUUGGGUGGGGUUUGUGGUGCAGGCAGUCCAGGUGGGCAUCGUCCCAGAUGCUCUGCUGGUACCAGUGGCCGUCACCUAUGACCUGGUUCCGGAUGCACCGUGUGACAUAGACCAUGCCUCGGCCCCCCUGGGGCUGUGGACAGGAGCUCUGGCUGUCCUACAUAGCCUGUGGAGCCGCUGGGGCUGCAGCCACCGGAUCUGCUCCCGGGUGCACCUAGCUCAGCCCUUUUCCCUGCAGGAAUACAUCGUCAGUGCCAGAAGCUGCUGGGGCGGCAGACAGACCCUGGAGCAGCUACUGCAGCCCAUCGUGCUGGGCCAAUGUACUGCUGUCCCAGACACUGAGAAGGAGCAGGAGUGGACCCCCAUAACUGGGCCUCUCCUGGCCCUCAAGGAAGAGGACCAGCUCCUGGUCAGGAGACUGAGCUGUCAUGUCCUGAGUGCCAGUGUAGGGAGCUCUGCGGUGAUGAGCACGGCCAUCAUGGCGACGCUGCUGCUCUUCAAGCAUCAGAAGGGUGUGUUCCUGUCGCAGCUCCUGGGGGAGUUCUCCUGGCUGACGGAGGAGAUACUGUUGCGUGGCUUUGAUGUAGGCUUCUCUGGGCAGCUGCGGAGCCUGCUGCAGCACUCACUGAGCCUGCUGCGGGCGCACGUGGCCCUGCUGCGCAUCCGCCAGGGCGACUUGCUGGUGGUGCCGCAGCCUGGCCCAGGCCUUACACACCUGGCACAACUGAGUGCUGAGCUGCUGCCCGUCUUCCUGAGCGAGGCUGUGGGCGCCUGUGCAGUGCGGGGGCUGCUGGCAGGCAGAGUGCCGCCCCAGGGGCCCUGGGAGCUGCAGGGCAUAUUGCUGCUGAGCCAGAAUGAGCUGUACCGCCAGAUCCUGCUGCUGAUGCACCUGCUGCCGCAAGACCUGCUGCUGCUAAAGAGUUGGGCUACACAGAGCAGCUGUUCCAGUUCCUGCAGGCCACCGCCCAGGAAGAAGGGAUCUUCGGUGAGUCCCAACCAGUCAGCCCAGGCUCCUGCAGGCAGUGGUGUUUGCUGGUGGCUGCUGCCCCCUGCAGGACAGUGACAACCCAACUCUAGGAAGGCAGGCUGCAGAGUACACAGUCUUCUGUCCAGUCUGAGCUCUAUCCCUCCCGGGGCUUCUUUAAACAAGAGGAGAGAAGCCUGUGCCCAGUAGCUCCCUGUCCUCCCUACCUAGAGCCUUCACUUCUCUCUUCUUUCCAGAGUGUGCAGACCCAAAGCUCGCCAUCAGUGCUGUCUGGACCUUCAGAGACCUAGGGGUGAGAGGAGCCAGUGUCACCAUCUUCUGUCCCCCUGCUCCCACCCCAAUAGAGUGGCUCAGGGAAACCCAGCUAUGUCCCCAUCACCCCACAGGGCUGGCCUGAUGGUGCCUCAUUAAGACCCUGGGAUUUACUUGGUGUCUUCCAGCAACAGACGUGGUGAUGGGUUGGAGAAGGUGGGAUGGUUUCCUGCCUCUUGGUCUCCCAAAUCACUGGCUCAUCUUUCUAGGUGGGGCUGCUUUGCGGCAGCAUUUGCACGCAAACACUGAGGUCUAAGGGGCCAGAGGUCUCAAGGCAGGUUUCUGGGGGACAGGCCUGGCCCCUGGGCCAUGCGGACACAGUCCCUGUGGUGAGCGCACUCACGGCUCAUCUUCCAUGGCCCAGGUUCUGCAGCAGACGCCGAGCCCUGCAGGCCCCAGGCUCCACCUGUCCCCUACUUUUGCCAGCCAGGACAAUCAGGAAAAACUAGAACAGUUCAUCCGGCAAUUCAUUUGUAGCUAGAACUGUGAGGAGGAGCCUGUGCUGAGACUUCUCGGCCCCAGAACACAGCUGUGUCCUAGAGCCAGAAGAUGGAGAGGAGGCUGCAAACCCUUAGCUGGUCUAUAAAUAUAAUCAUUGAGGCUUGAUUGUCCCUUGCCAUGUCUUGCUUUUUCCCUCCUUUGAUGUGAUAAACAAGCGGACGAGACGAGUUGUCUUUUCCCCAGCCCAGCAGCA